AUGGCUCUCAUACCAUUCAAGAUGCUUCCACGCGACCAGUGGCAGCCAAGGCCGCGUCAAUCCAGGGAGCCGCCAAGAGCCAGGUCGCGCAAGAAGCAGAACUUGACGGCAACGUCACCAGCACGUUUCAAGGCCAGCACGCCACUAUCUGCCAUCACUGAAGGAUCUGGCCAUGAUAGGUCUGCACCUAUUGGGCAACAAGCGAGCGACCUACAUAGUUUCGCUCUCCAUAACGAGUCCGUUGUCGAGAAGAAUGUCCUCAGCACCAUCGAACCACCUGACGUAGUCCUUGAGCUCGGCACAGCAAAGGAGUCAAACGCCAUUGUGCUCAAUCCCAGGAAAUGUGAGCGCCAGUACUACCGUGAUACGGUCACGGGUAUCAAGCGUGAGGUGUGGCAACCAGGUGACGGUGAUGGGCAAAUGGGCAGCGAUUAUCCUGAGGCGAUGCGGCUACCUCCCGACAGUCGCUGGCGGUUCUACCAGUCAUCCUCUGUUCAAGGCCCGAUCACGAAAGACAACAUGCCACCGAAGUUUGUUGUACUGGACGACUUGAAUACAUAUCUGGUCUGGCAUUCGGACAUACCGUCGCUGCAUAAAGCAGUGUUCUGGGCGUUCGAUUUUGGUGGCGUUGGCUUCGUCCUUACACGCCGCCCUCACCGCGGUCGCGGCGCAGUCGCAUGUUUAGAUGCCGAGGGUAACGCGAAUUACCGCUCCGGCAAUGCUGGGCAAAGUGGCAAGCCGUACCACUUCACCGGCGAGAAGGGCUACAAGCCGAUCGUUUACCGCAGCAAUGACCCGCCCGAGACUUUGACAUACUCGUCGAAGCGCAAGGCCAAUUCGCCGGCGCCGGGGGAGCUGAAGCAGACGAAGAAGGCUGGUCAGCACAAUCAGUACACUCCGAAAGAGGAGAUGGUUAAGUUCGGCGGCCCUUCCAAGUCAGGUCGGCAACCCACUCGCCGAGCUCGUAUGGAGGCUUUCCUCAAGAGUGACCCAACUGUGGAGCUGUCCGGUGAAGGUGGUAUUGUCAAUACUGGACUGGGCCAAGGCUCAGAAGCUUUCGCGGCGAGCUUGGCGUCUCACAACCCAAUGCGUGCAGCUCUGACAGGUGUCGCAAACAUAGCGGGCGCGUACAGUAAUAUCCCCACGCCUUACGGUGUACCACUCGAGCAGAGACUAGUCCCAGAGAGUGACCGUACCACUACUAUCGAAGACAACGAUGACAUGAUAGUGUUAUCCCCAUCCAGGGACAAGGCCGCAACCCAGGCCACAGCAGCUCAGUCCGAUCAUGGGAACGCGAUCAAAAUGCACAAAGUGAAUGAGGGUGCCCGCCAACUCUUAGGGCCAGAGGCGUACAAGUAUCACGGCCACUUCGAGCAAUCUGCUACAUUUAUCGAGCAGAACACAGAUAGUGUUAUCAAGCCUCAGAACCAAAUCCGCAUGACUGGCGCCAACGGGUGUGCGGCUGCUAUUAUGCGCAGCGUCCAGAAGGCGCAGCUGAUGGUCGUGCAGCUGAAGACGGAUUUCAAUCAAGCACAGAGCAAGGUUGUCGAGCUGGAGGGCUUAUUCCUAGAGUUGGUAAGUGCAGCCAACGUGCUCAAGUCGGAUAUGGAGGCGUGA